AGCAUGAUGGCUGGGUCGAACCUCGUGCGCGCGCUCCUCCUCGCGGCCGCCGCGGCGCAGCGGACGGGCACGAGCGGCGUGCCGCCGCACAUCCUCGAGCGCGCGCAGCAGGCCUGGCGGCAGCAGCAGGGCGGCGGCGCGACGCCUCCGCCGCGGUUCGCCCCGCCCCAGGCCCUCUACAAGGACGGCGGCGCCACGUCCGACGGCGCGGAGCUCAUCCCGCAGGUGACGCACUCCGGCGACGCGCGGGCGGCGCAGGCGCAGCGCGAGGCCGCCGCCGCGCAGCGGGCGCUCGCGGCGGCGCGCCGGGAGCUCGCGGCGAUCGACGCGCGCGGCGCCGUCGCGCUCGCGGCGGCCGCGCCGCCGCGGAACGCGAGCGGGACCUACAAGAAGCCCGCCGGCGCCGCGGUGAGCGUGUCGGCCAUGCUCGCCGCGGCGUCGCGGUGGGCCUACGAGCGCUGCGCGGCGACGGACCCGGAGCGCGUCCGGGAUUCGCUGGGCAUGAAGGGCGUGAAGCACUUCACGGAGUGGCUCGACCUGCAGCGCCUCGCCGUGGCGCGCGGCGACGCGCGCACGGCGACGGCGGCCCUCGAGCGCGUCCGCGAGGUCGUCCCGAGGGCGCUCGGCUCCGCGGGGUACCACGCGUGGACGUCGUUCCCGCGCGACUCGUGGCGCUUCCGCCAGGACAGCAUGUCCUACAUGCGCGCCCACUACCUGUGCGCCCACACGGAGCUCGGGUUCCAGCGGUCCGAGCCGGCGCUCAUGGUCCGGUGGCGGCGGACGAUCGAGAAGCACGUCGCGGAGGUCUGGCGGCAUCUCGAGACGCGCGGCAUCGACCAGCGGCUCAACUUCGUCAAGCUCUUCCGGGCGCUGGGGCUCUACGUCGAGGGCCAGUACAACGCCGAGGGCCGCGACGACAGGACCGGCGACGGCCUCGCGUCGCGCGGUGACGCGUCCUUCGACGCGCUGCCGUCCGCGCUCGAGCUCAACGGCUUCGAAGCCGCGACGUUCGAGACGACGUUGAUCCACCGCCGGGAGCCCCUGGGCUGGUACAUGCUCAGCCGCGACCGGCCCUACGACAUCACGCACGAGAUCUUCGCGCUGACGGACGACGGCCGCUUCCCCUUCCCCUUCCUCGCGCCCGCGGACGUCGCCUACGGACGCGACGCGACCGGCGGCCUCGCGAAGCGCGCCGCGCCGGACGAGCCGCGGGCCGCGCGCUACUUCGCCUACGCGCUCCAGACGGUCGUGGACCUGCUGAAGCUCCACGUCAAACGCGACGAGCUCGACAUCGUCUGCGAGUACGUCGUCAACCUCGGCCAGCUGGGGGUCCGCGCGCGGCGCGGCGACGACGGCUCCGUCGACUUCGCGCUCGGCGAGCUCUACCUCCAGGGCCGCGACUACGUCGCGUCGCGGCGCAACGCCGACGGCACCUUCGGCGACACCUACGACCAGGACGCGGUCCGGUCGGCCAAGCAGAACCGGAACUACGACGUCGACGUCGGCGGCACGCUCCACACGACCUACGUCUGCCUCUGGGCGCUGACGCAGCCCGUCUACGACGACGACGACGCCCAGAGCUCCUGGGCCGGCGCCCACACGACGGACGCGGAGCACGUCGCCCUCGCCGAGGCGUCCGGCGCCGAGCCGACGCUGCCGCCGCCCCCGCCGCCGCGGCCCGAGCUUGCACCUUCCGUCGGUGCCGUUUCAAAGGGGCUGCCCGCCCGCGCCGCGAUGGACGCCAUGCGCCCGCUCUUCGAGAGCAUCCAGGAGCCGCUGCUCCGCGACCUGUUCGUCGAGCUCUCGGAGCCGGCGCUCAACGCGAAGCUCGAGCAGUUCCUGGACCGCGCGUCCUUCUUCUUCGACCCCAAGUUGAAGCUCUACGAGUCGCAGACCGAGGAGCACGACCUCGAGUACACGAAGUUCCACCACGACUACCAGGAUCUCCUGGAGCGGGUCGUCGACGACUUCUGCGACCGGAAGCGCACGACGCCGGCGGCGCUCUUCGCGCUCUGCGAGGACGCGGCGAGCGGCCGCGACCCGGUCGCCGACGCGAUGCUCGACGUCUUCGUCGCGUGCUUCGUGUCCAUGUGCGUCGAGCGGGCGAAGCACAACGUCGCCGCGCGGCCCGACGUCUCGCCCGAGUCCAAAGACGAGGGCAAGCGCGACGACGCGCGCGGGGCGAAGGACGCCAACUGCUCGAUGGGCUGCCUCGCAGCGCAGCUCCUCGUCGCCUCGCUCGUCGUCGUCGAGGCGAGGGCAGCGUCGUUCGUCCAGCUGCUGGCCUGCUCCGACGCCAACUGCACGGCGAAUUGCUCCAUCCUCACGAGCCACGAGCUCGGUCGGUGCGAGCUCGGCAGCCCCACGUCGGCGCGGCAGGGCGUCAAGGCCGAGUUCGACGGCGCCACGGGCGAGCUCGUCUUCGACUACUGGGACUCGGACGCGGCCUGCGGCGGCCGCGCGAACGCGCAGAGCGGCUUCCUCGAGCCGUUCGCGUGCCAGUCCGCGGCGCCGGGCGUCUGGAGCGCGUACCGCCUCGCCGCGGCCGGCGCCUGCGCGCCCGACUGCGACGACUGCGACGCCCUCUGGUCCCUGAAGAUGUGCAGCUGGGUGCCGACGACGACGCCGGCGACGGACUUCGCGUACGCGGUUCAAGGUUGCGUCGCCUGCGCCGCCGGGCUCCGCGACUUCGCCGGCUGCGGCUGCGCGGGCUGCUGGCCGGCGGCGCGGGGCGCCGCCGGCGCGACGGCGCUCGCCGACGCGUGCGCGAAAUCCGCGUGCGACGCGGCGCUCGAGGUGCCCUGCAUGGACUGCGGCGAGGUCGCGCCGUCGCCGGCGGCCUGCGAGGCCUGCGUCGAGUUGUCCUUGAGGCGGUCGUCCUUGAUGGCGCCCAUCCACUUCUCGUUGUCGAUGCGCUCGAAGGGCGUGCCGGGGCUCCGCGCGCUGCCGGGCGUCUUCGGCGACUUCACCUUCGGCGUCGCCUCGUUCUUCGCGAGCCACGCGGCCAUGGCGUCGGCGGCGUCGUCGCGCUUCGCCUUCUCCGCGGACCGGCGCGCGGCGUCCUGGCGCUCGUCCUCGGACGCGCUCCGCUUGCGCUUCUUCGCCUUCUUCUUCUUCUUCUCGGGCACGACCUCGGGCUCCUCGGGCUCCUCCGCGGCGGCCGCGCGCGCGCCGGCGCUGCCCUUCUUCUUCGCCUUCUUCGGCGGCGCGGCCGCGGCGGCGGCGGCCUCGGCGGCGGCGGCCUUCUUCGCGGCCUUCUUCUGCUUCUUGAGCUCCGGGCAGCCGAUGGACGACGUCGCGCCGGCGCUCGCCGUGGCGUCGAGCGAUGGCGUGUCGAACCCGAAGCUCAAGGAGACGCUCGAGGUCAUGCGGCGGCUGCGGGCGAAGAAGGCGCCGACGGCGCCCUACGAGAUCAACGCCGAGAGCCUGUACCGCCAGGCCGAGGCCAUCUUCGCCAUGCGCGAGAAGCUGGCCGCCAAGGACUGGGACGCCGCCGGCGAGGCCGUCGAGUUCGCCCUGGACCUGCUGGGCCCGGAGGAGGAGGCGCCGGCGACGGACCCGACGGCCUUCGAGGCGCGGACGAAGGUCUCGAAGACGGAGCACGAGACGCGAAACAUCCUCCGGCGCGAGUGCGUCGCGGUGCGCGCGGCGCUGGACCGGCGGACCAUCGGCCUCGUCAUGGAGCGCGCCCUGAGCCACGGCCGCCUGAGCGGCUACGUCGGCGCCGUCGAGGUCGGCGACAUCAGCGACGGCCAGCUCGAGAAGGCCUGCGCGACGUGCGAGCGCCUCGCGAGGCGGUCCGACCUCGCCGCCGACGCGACGAUCGACGUCUACCUGCGCAGCGGCCGCACGCUGCUGGCGCUGCGCCGCGCCCUGCGGGGCAACCGCUGGCUCGACCCGGAGCCCGACGACGAGGCCGCCGCGGAGGAGACGCGACCGCGCCAGCGCACGCAGAGCAUGCAGGCCGUGCAGGAGCAGGUCGAGGCGACGGCCCGGGCGGCGAGCGCCGACGAGGGCAGCUCGGCGAUGAUGGAGGUCUUCGCGACGAAGUUCACGGACGUCAAGGACCUCGUGCCCGAGGACGUGCGCCGGAGCAUCGACGACGGCACGGCGUCCGCGGAGGCCGUGCUCCGGCGCGCGGAGGCGCGGCCCGGCGGGUUGACCUACGACCACGACGAGACCGACUCCAGGUUCCCCCACCCCCUGUGCCGCGGCGAGAUGCGCCUCGCGCGGGACGACGUCGAGGACCGGAAGCGGCGCCGGGGCCUGCGGAAGGCGCUCCAGCCGCCCGCGUGCGUCGUCGAGUGGCGCGAGCCCGCGCCGGAGCACCGGAGGAAGCGCGUCGCGCUCGUCGGGUGCCUCGACGACGAGGCGUCGAAGGCGCAGCUGCUGCGGCUCGACCUGACCUGCGAGGCCGAGCCCGUCGGCGCGCGGCUCACGCGCGAAGCCGCCGCUCUGCUCGCGACGGCGCACCGCGUGGCCGCGAUCCGCGCGGAGCUCGCGCGGCGCGACUGGGAGGUGUUCCUGCGGCUCGUCAAGACCUUCGAGACGGACGUGGAGGCGCGCGCGCUGGAGCUGCGCUUCGGCGCCGAGGACGGCAUGCACCUGGCCAUCCGCGACGCGACGGCGCUCGUCGCGGACGAGAUCGCCUUCUACCGGGCCGCGGUCGUCGAGCGGGACCAGGCCAAGGCGCGGCUGCUCAAGGCCUUCGACGCGUCGCCCGUGCGCGGCGACGCGACGGGUCUACGGCUCGGCGACGCGGACGACGUGCGGGCGCUCGCGCCCGACGCGCAGAAACAGCUCGUCGACGACCUGCGGGACGCGGCGCAGGGCGCGGAGCUCGUCUACGUGCUGGGUCCGGACAAGGACGCGGAGAAGGACGCGGAGGCCCUCGACGCGCUGCGGAACCUGCGGCGCGCGAAGCGCGCGCUCCAGCGGCGCCACCUGGCGAACCUCAAGGACGCGCGGCGCGCCAAGGCGGAGCUCGACGCCUGCGCCGCCCGGCAGCGCGAGGACGGGGACGCGUGGCCCGAGGACGCGCGCGAGCUCGACCUCGUCCUCCAGUGGGCGACGUUCAUGCUCGCGUCGCGCGAGCUCGCGGAGGCGCUCGCGGCGUGGCCCGCGCGGCGCGUCGCGCGCGCGGACGGCGACGGCGACGCCGAGGACGAGCUGCUCUUCACGCGGCCCGACUUCCUGGAGGGCCUCGACCCGCGCUACCCGACGGUCGCGCCCGUGGACGUCUUUUUGGACGCGGACCACGACGACUUCGUCGGCGGCCUAACGGACGACGGCGACGAGGCCGACAGGGCCGACGCCGUCAAGGCGGCCGUGGGCGACGCCGUCGACGCGCUCGCCGCGGCGGAGGGCGCCGCGGCCUUCUGGAGCGUGAAGCGGCUCCGCGCGGCGCUCGGCGACGCGCGGGCGGUGCUCGACGCCGUCGACGGCGCCGCGCGCGACGUCAUGGCGCGGCGCGUCGACGUCGCGGCGGCCAUGCUCCUGCUUCGCGAGGCCGUGGCCGGCGGCCACUGGGACGGCCUGGCGUUGGCGCAGGGCGACGCGUUCCUCGACGUCGCCGCCGACGACUUCGACCCGCUCUUCGCGGCGCUCGCGGCGCCGCUGCGGAAGCGCACCUUCCGCCAGCGGGCGAAGAAGCGGGCGUCGGGCCUCGGCUUCCUCGCGCGCGGCGAGGCGGCGCGCCGCGGGCGCGCGAGCACAACGCAGAGCGUCCUCUGCGACCUCGACGCGCGGACGGCGCGCGCCGGGGAGCGCGGCGGCAAAGCGGGCGAGGGCGUCCUCGUGGCGACGGUCGUGCGCCGCGCGACCAUGGUCGCGAGGGGCGCGCGGGGCUCCGGCGUGCCGGACCUGCCCGCGGCGAUGCGCGUCGCCGCGGACGCCGUCCGCGACGCCGCGGCCGUCGACGCGUCGACGACGGAGACGGAGGCCGAGGACGAGGUGCCCGCGGACGGCCCCGCCGUGACCUUCGGCACGCAGACGCUGAACCUCGACGCGCCGCCGGCGAAGCGCGUCAUCCGCUUCGCGCCCGAGGCCGGCGCCGCGGAGGACGGCGGCGGCGGCGAAACCGAGCCGGAAAAGUCCGUGGCCCGGGCGCUCAACGCCAUCGGCUCGGGCACGGCCUACGUGCGCCACAGCCCGCGGGCCGUCGCGGAGCUGACCUGCGUGCGCUACGAGACGCUCGUGCGCGAGUGCGGCGCGCGGCUCGAUUUGGCGGGCCAUCUCGGCGCGGACCUCGCGACGGAGUGUCUCGCCGCGGACAAGGAUCCGAAGCGGGCCCUGGGCCGCGACUGCGACGACGUGCUGGCGGCGCUCGACGCCAUGGCCAAGGCCUACUGCCAGCCGAGCCGCGUCGACGACCACCGGCACGACGCCGGCGUCGCGUUAAGGGACGCGAAGACCCUGUUGGACGCGCUGGAGCUGCUCUACGAGGGCCACGGGUCCCUCCCCGGGUCCUACAAGGCCCUCCAGCGCCGCGCGUCCGUCGGCGCGCUCGUGUUGAGCUGCCGCCACGCGCUCCGCGACGAGCGGUGGCACGCGAUCGACGCGGCGGUCAAGCUCGUCCUCGAGGCCGUGGGCGACACGCACACGUGCCUCCAGGGCGCGCGGGAGCCCGACGGCCGCUUCCGCGUGGCGCCGCGCGCCCACGACGACGUCGACGUCUACGGGCCCGAGGGCCGCGCGCGCGACGCCGCGCGGAAGGAGGCCGCGGCCAUCGACCGCUUCGCGCGGACGCGCGAGGCCUGCCGGCUCCUGCUGGAGGCAUUGGACGCCGCGGCGGCGUCGGAGACCGACGAGGCCGCCCAGGCGUUAGCGCUCCUCGGGUCCGCGCUCGCGGCCGCGCGGCGCCUCUGCGGCGCGCGGCCGCCCAUGGUCGUCGCGCAGUUGUCCGCCGCGGCGCAGCAGGCGACGACGCUGCGCCGCGCGGCCAUGGGCCACUUCGCCGCGGACACGGAGUCGACGCGCCAGACGGGGCUCACGGGCAUCGCGGGCCGCUGGCCCCGGCAGGCGCGGUCGGCGGCGGAGCGGAAGCUCCUCGACGCGCCCCACGACUUCGACGUGGCGCAGUACGACGCGCUGCUGACGCUCAAGGCGCCGGGGGCGCUCGACGCCUGGCGGCGCCAGGAGCCCGACCGCGCCGCGCGCGCGGACGCGCUUCUGGAGCAGCACGACCGCUACCUCCGGACGACAGACCUCGCGCGCGUCCGCAAGUGGGCCGCGGUCGCGGAGGCCCUGCCGGCGCCCGCGCCCCACCGGCACGCGCCGGCGCCCGCGGCGCCGCGGGCGCCCCACCCCCACCAGAACCGCCUCGAGGCGAUUUUGGCGGGGCCGCGGCGCUUCGUCGCGUCGACGCCGCUCGACUUCAGCGACGACGUCACGGACUACGCGGGCUUCGACGACCUCUUCCCGCCCGGCGACGACGAGUGUGUGCCGCCCGCGCCGCCCCGCGCGGCGGCGCCGCCGCCGCCGGGCGACGACGGCGUCCUGCGGAGCAAGAUGAAGCCGACGCGCGACGAGCUCGACGCGCGGCGCCGGGCGCUGCGCUGCCGCACGGCGCUGCGCGAGGCGUUGGACGCGGGGACGGCGAGCAGCUGGCGCGCCGUCGCGCGGGGCGUCGACGAGUUCGACCGCGGCCCGGCGCCGCGCGACGGCAACGUCGCGGGCGCCGCGGCCGUCGCGGCCGUCGGCCGCGCCGCCCGCGUGACGCUCCUGCGCGACGACGUGGACCCCGUCGUCCUGCGGGGGUCGCCGGCGCGCAAGCCGCGGCUCGGCGCGGCCUACUUUGCGGGGCGGCCCGCGGGCCGCGUCCGCGUGCCGCCGGCGGUGCUCGAGCCCCUGCGCAAGGCGGCGAAGCUCGACGCGCCCGACACGCUCGACGACCUCGACGUGGACUGGUUCCACCUCGGCCAGCUCUUCGUCGCGACGGCGCGCGACGCGGACCGCCGCGCGGACGCGGCCGAGCGCCUCGCGGCGCUGCGAGGCGUCGUCGACAUGAUCGACCGCAAGGGCUUUCCGUCGCGGGCGAACGCGCUCCGAAACGCCGCGAAGCACUUCCUUGGCAUCGACUCGGAGUCCGAGGCGUCCUCCGACGACGACGCACCCAUCCACGCGCUUCCGAAGAAGCGCGCGCCCCGGGCGCCGGACCACCGGCCGGCCUGGCGCCCGGCGGCGAGCCACGCGGGCCACCACGUCGGCGACCAGACCCACGCGCACACCGGCGAGCUCUACAACACGUCGGGCGAGCGCACGCCCGUCAAGUCGCUGCGCGCGCGCUUCGAAUCCGACGCCGCCGCCGGGCCGGCGCUGAAGCGCGACGCCGAGACGGCGCCGGAGACGACGCGGGCGCUGCGCGUGAGCUAUGAUAACAACAACGUGCGCGUCGAGGUCGGCCGCGGCGCCCUCUACACGGUGGCCGUCUGGGCGCUGCUCGUCACGGCCUGCGUCGCCUACCUCGUCGCGCUCAAGGCGAAGCACUUCCAGAAGGUGCAGGAGCGCCUCGACGCGCAACACCAGCAAUCGUUCGAGACCCUCGAGGCCAUCGCCAUAAAAAACGCGGAGCUCGCGUCGAAGAAGAUCCGCAAGAUGCCCAUCCUGAGCACGCUCUACGUCUUCGGGGCCCACUACGUGGCGCCCUACGCGCUCCAGGGCUUCGCGCUCCUGCGGCCCUACGUGAUGACGCUCUUCCAGGUCGUCAUCCCGGUGCUCCGGCGCCUCUCGCCGACGUGGAUCUUCCUCCAGUGGGGCGCGGCGCGCGGCGCCGUCGCGCGGCUCAACGCGUUCGGCACCGACGUGCUCCGCAACACGAACGUCGCCGCCCAGCGCGCGGGCAAGGCCUUCGGCGCCUUCGGCCUGCGCUUCGGGAGAGGCGGCGCGCUGCCUCCCGCGCCCAAGGUCGCGGCCCACGACCGGCCCGUGUAG